CACCCACCUGAGGGGGGGCCAUGAGGGGGUGUCCCUGGUCUCCUGUCCGCUUCUCCAGCUGGAAGAAGGUGCGGCGUGCACCCUGUAGACUCAGCCCUGCCCCCCGCAGUUCUGCUAAGUGGCUGGGGGAGGGGCAGGGCACACAGCACCCAAGGCCACCCCGAGCCCGUGGUGAUGGCCUCCUGAGCAGCCAGACCGUCCAGAGGCCGCUGUAAUGGAAACUCCCCGGCCGGCUUGAGCUGCGACAGCUCAGGUUGCCGCCCCACUCCAGGCUCUGCUCGCCGGCGGACCCGGGGCCAGGCAGGUGGGCAAGCUCACCCAGGGGUGCGGCACCUGCAGGAGCCCAGGGCCAUGUUCCGAUAAAUGAGGACCGACCCCCGGCCAGAGACGCGACCGCAGACCAGAAAGAAUGAAGAGGCCACUCCGAGCUCGCCGCCGCCCAGGGAGGGGAGGAAGGGUGACAGGACGCCCCCCUCCAUCCUGAGGCGGAGCCAGCCGGGGCGCCGCAGCCGCGGGGCCGAGCCACAGAAGACCUCCAGGCACGUGCGGUUCCGGGAGCCCCUGGAGGUGGCCGUCCACUACAUCGCCAGCAGGGAGCCUGCCAGGGCCACCUCGGCGCCCAGCCGGUCCCGGCCCCGCGGCGGCUCCCUGCUCCUGCGGCUGUGCGUGUGCGUCCUGCUGGCCCUGGCGCUGGGCCUGUACUGCGGUCGCGCCGAGCCCGUGACGCUGGCCCUCGAGGACCUCCGGGCCCGGCUCCUCGUCCUCGUCCUGCGCCUGAGGCACACGGCCCUCGCUUGCUGGCACCGCCUCCUGCAGCUGUGACAGGGCCACUCCCGGGGGCCACCGCUCCAAUCAGGGCCCCUUGUACACGUUGGGGCCCACUGACGCUUCCGACAGGAACUCCGCACCCUCGGGCCAGGCCUGCAUGUGGACACACGGGGCCCCUUGAAGAGGGGGACGCCGGCGCUGCAUCCGUGAGACCCCCCGGGGGUGGAACUGGCCCUUGCUGCUUAGGUUUUGGGGCAUGGACCUCAAAACCCCACGGAGCCAGAUGAGUUGGCUGUUGGCGUGGGCGCCCCCCUCCUGCCGCCACACGCGGGGUGGGCUGGCAUCUGCCCUGCUGGUGGUGGGGUCCCAGCCUCUGAGCCCUGGCCGGACCCCUGCACCGGGCCCCAAGGACUCAGGAGCCUCUUGUGCCCUCUUGUGCUGCCAGCCACCUUGCUGUCCACCCGGAGCCGCGAGAGGCAGCCUGCUCUGCCCGGGCCCCCACCACCUCCGGACCACGGCCAUGCGUGCCCGGGCCCCCACCAUCACGCGGUGAUGAACUGCAGGGCCCCCUCCGGACCCUGCCUGGGGGGGGCCUGGACAAAGCAGGGAGGCCUGUGGUCAGACAGCAGGAGGGACAGCCAGGAAGACACCACCUCCCCUGGCAACCUGCACACAAGCCUCCACGGGACGGCGAGUGCCUGCUGCCCCUUCCCGCGGUGACGCUGUAGCGCUUGUCCCCUCUACCAAAGUGGGGACACACUGAUUUUCUAUUAAAACGCACUGGCCCCUC